UCGAGAUUUUUACAAAUCUCGACGCGUUAGGGCUCCCUGUGUCGGAAAAACAUAGUUUUGCAAUCUUGUCCCAGUGAGUGACGUCACGUCCUGCUAGUCGCCAUCUUUGUGCCACCAUGUCGAGCCAUUGCUUCUGUCAAGACCCGCCUAAAAGGUUGGCAGCAAAACUUCAUGAGCUUCAAGACAAGCACUACAGUCAAGAAUUACCAUGCACACAAGGUACACAUCACGUGAUCCCCAAGUUUAACUACUUCCAGCAGUCGAGCGGGCACGAACCGAUAUGUCCCAGCCAGUGCGAGAGUUGGUCGAAGGCCGAGGUUGGUGAUUGGCUUGAAAGGAGUGGACAAGGCAGGUUUAAAAACAUGUUUGGCCAGUUGAACAUAGACGGCAAAAAGUUGGCCGCCAGUGGCGCUCACGACUUCCGGCAGAUGGGGGUCAAGGACUGGGAAGAUUGCAUUCAACUUGAAGAGUCCACACGGUCUUUAACUGGCAGAGAGACCACGAUCGACCCUGAGAAGGUCAAGGAUAAGAUCUACCCCUACUACCCGGCCCUGUACCUGGGCCAGAGGACUGUCCUACCCAGCGUGGUCCAGCUGGCCCACAGGACCGAGGACUUCCACCAGGACCCACUCCGCCAACAAGUCAUGCGGACCAUCUACAGGACCGCAGGGGACCGCUUCUAUUAUUUUGAUAAGAACAUGAGAACCAAUUUCAUUUAGUGACGUCAGCUCUCGAGUGACGUCAUCUGUUGGUCAGUCCUGGACACUUGGUGUUGGUGCUAUUAAACUCGGCUAGUAAAACUCUUGACUCUUGUAAUUAGAACUUUCUUUUGUUCAACUGUUAACUUUCACCUUAAUUAAACUAGAACUUUGUUUCGCCCCGAACAAACAAAAGCGUAAAAAGCUUGCAGCCAGCCGACCAACCCUAUAUUGUGCGCCAGUAUGAAAGAGAGCUGUAGCAUUUUAUAACUUUUUGAUCUAGCACCGGAACAAAACUUUUACCCCAUAAUUCACUUUAUAAUAUCGUUCUAAUUCUCUCUAAUAUCAAGUCCAUUUUUCUUUCAUAUCAAAUCUAUUUUUACGAGCUUUAAUUUAUCUUGCUUCCUCUUCGUGCUUCGUCAUGAAUCGAAACUGUCUACCGAAAUUUCGACCACUUCUAACGGACUGAUUCGUUUCAAAUUUAGCAUGUGGGUCAAGACUCGAUGGCAACGCAAUCUGAUCUAAAAUUUGGCUUGAUUGGAUGACUAAUUAAUUCUUAAAGAAACAAUUACAGUUUCCAAUACAAAGUACUUUUAUAAGCAU